CGUUUCUUUAUCGCAGUGUGUGUAAGUGUGUGUGUGUGUGUGUGUGUGUGUGUGUGUGUGUGUGUGUGUGUGUGUGUGUGUGUGUGUGUGUGUGUGUGUGUGUGUGUGUGUGUGUGUGUGCAUUCAUAUAUAAAAUCAUAAAAUCUAUGAAUGUGUUCAAGUCCAAGCUGUCGCCAGAGGUGAGAUUAUAUCAGAGGAAAGGACUCAGAGAGAGAGAGAGAGAUCGGUGGGUGAUGAGAGAAAGAGUGAGAGGACCAGAUAGUCAGGUCUCAUUCUUCAGGCCUCCCUCCUCCCUCUCUCCCUCCCUCCCUCGCUCCCUCCCUUCACUCUCACCAUCUUCCUCCUCCUUCACUCACUCACUCGGCUGCUGCCUGAAAGCAGGUGCUCUCCCUCCUGUUAGCAGGGGGGAUGUGGAAGAGAAAGCUGCAGAUCAGCAGGACUCGAGCCUCACGCAGAAACAGCGCGGCUCCGGCUGAAAAAACAGAAGUAUUAAGCGAAGACCUUCUGCAGGUGGAGAAACGUCUGGAGCUCGUCAAGCAGGUUUCCCACAGCACACACAAGAAGCUGACCGCCUGUCUGCAGGGUCAGCAGGGCGUGGACGUGGACAAGAAGUCUGUCAGGUCCCCCUCGAAGAAGCUUCCUCUUACAACGCUAGCACAAUGUAUGGUGGAGGGGGCGGCGGUGCUCGGGGACGAGUCCCUACUAGGGAAGAUGCUGAAGCUCUGCGGCGACACGCAGGAGAGACUCGCUCAGGAGCUCAUCCUGUUCGAGCUCACCAUCGAGAGAGACGUCAUCGAGCCCCUGUACGACCUCGCAGAGGUGGAAAUCCCAAAUAUCCAGAAACAAAGGAAACAUUUAGCGAAACUGGUCCUGGACAUGGACUCCGCUCGCACACGGUAUUAUCAGUCCGCCAAGUCUUCAGGACUGUCCAGUAACCUGCAGCCAACAGGAGCCAAGGCCGACCACCUCAGGGAAGAGAUGGAGGAGGCAGCCAACCGCAUGGAGAUCUGUCGAGAUCAGUUAUCAGCAGACAUGUACAGUUUUGUGGCCAAAGAAAUUGACUAUGCAAGCUACUUCCAGACACUGAUAGAAGUCCAGGCAGAGUACCACAGGAAGUCAUUAGAGCUGCUUCAAAGUGUUCUGCCUCAGAUCAAAGCUCAUCAGGAGACCUGGGUGGAGAAACCAUGCUACGGGAAACCAUUAGAGGAGCACUUAGCGCUCAGCGGGAGAGAUAUUGCCUUUCCCAUCGAGGCCUGUGUCACCAUGCUGCUGGAGUGCGGCAUGCAGGAGGAGGGUUUGUUCAGAGUCGCUCCGUCGGCCUCCAAACUGAAGAAGCUGAAGGCGUCUUUGGACUGCGGCGUGCUGGACGUUCAGGAGUACUCUGCAGACCCGCACGCCAUCGCAGGAGCUCUGAAGUCCUACCUGCGGGAGCUCCCUGAGCCGUUAAUGACAUAUGAACUCUACAAUGACUGGAUCCAAGCCUCCAACAUUCAAGAUCAAGACAAGAGACUGCAGGCUCUCCUCAACGCCUGUGAGAAACUACCCCCAGCCAACAACAACAACUUUAAGUAUUUGAUCAAAUUUCUCUCCAAACUGACUGAAUACCAGGAUGUGAACAAGAUGACGCCUGGAAACAUCGCCAUCGUCCUCGGACCGAACCUGCUGUGGAUGCACAACGAAGGGAACAUCACAGAGAUGAUGACCACAGUUUCCCUGCAGAUCGUCGGCAUCAUCGAACCCAUCAUCCAGCACGCCGACUGGUUCUUCCCUGGAGAAAUCGAGUUCAAUGUCACAGGGAACUACGGCAGCCCGGUCCACACAAACCACAAUGCCAACUACAGCUCCAUGCCGUCUCCGGACAUGGAUCAGAUCGAUCGCAGGCAGAACGACCAGAGUCGACGGCCGCUCAGCGUCGCCACAGACAACAUGAUGCUGGAGUUCUACAAGAAGGACGGCAUUAGGAAGAUACAAAGCAUGGGUGUCAGGGUGAUGGACACUUCUUGGGUGUCGCGCAGGGGCUCGUCUUCUACGCGUAAAAGCUCUUCCACGCCACCGAGCGUGCAUCCCCCUGCCCCGCCCACUGACGCUCUCGUCCCCGAGCAGCCUGGGGAAUUCUCUGCCUCCCCCUCCCCCACCCCUCCUCCCACUAGCAGCGACCGAGCCAGCUCGGAUGAUGCAUCCUCCAAUUGGUCGGACUCCUGUUACGCCUACCCCUCCCCUGAGGAGGAGAGGCUGCCUCCCCCUUACCCUUCUUCCUCAUCUUCCUCCUCCUCCUCUUGCUGCUCCUCCCACUCGCUCCCUCACCACCAUUUCUACACCCGAGCACCUCCGGGUAUGCGUCCCGUCGCUCCCAGUCCCGAAUCCGUGCCUCCCGGCCCGUCCCCUCCCCCCCGCCGCUCUGGCUACAGCCCGCCCCCACUCCCCCACUCCCUUUGCCCGUCCCCACAGCAGCUUGACGUCAACUCCAACCCCAAACCCAACUCCCUGCACCUGCCCAAACAGGUCUCCCUGUCCGACGCCUCGCAUGCGGCCCUGUCCGAACCGAAUGGCUCCACCCUUUACAUCAAACCCCCGCUCGUCCUUACUCGUCACGAUUUGUUCCUGGGCUCCCCCAAACCCCCCAACACCCCCCUAUCUGCUCCCCCUCCAUGGGCAGCCUGUGCCUGUAGCCGGGAGAGAGGAGCCAAGCUGACUAGCACUCUGAAGAACAAGGAGCUGUCUCCAGUGAUUGGACAGAAGGGGAUCCAGGGAACAAUGACCUCUAGUGGACAGUCGCAGCACUCUGAGCACAGCCCUCACACCCUGAGGAGAGCAAAGAAACUGGCCCCGAUCCCCCCUAAAGGCCCUUACUGCCAGACAGGAGCCAUGUCUGACCAGUCGACAGGUCAGCCGUCUCCCGUCAGCCUGUCGCCCACUCCUCCCAGCACCCCCUCCCCUUACGGCUUCAGCUACCCGCAGGGAUAUGCCACCAUCGGCUCCCCGGGACAGAUGGCCCAGAUGGCCACCACCCCGUCUCUCUCCUCUCCACCUUCCCUGGCUGGGACUCUGACCAAGGCGAGGCCGACCCCUAAACCGCCCCGUCAGAGGCCCAGCUUACCUCCUCCUCAGCCCCCCACCACACCCGGCUCCAGUCCCCAGCCUCUGGACCAUUCGACGGGUCUGCUGGAUGGUUUGUCUCCUGGGGAGAGCAUGUCCACAGAUUCUCUCUGCAACCUGGACAUCCCCAUCAUUAACGUGGAACUGGACGGUAUUUUUGACUUUGACGGUAUCUCCCCCUUCAGGAACUCAGUGGCACUGCUCGAGUCGACCAGCAACAGAGCGGAGUCGGAGGAAGAGUCCGAGAGCACAGUGCUAUGACGCCACUGAGUUCCCCCACCCACCUCCACCUCCCUGCCUGCCCGCCCACCGGCUGAUUGAACGAAACCCAACGCUACUGCUGCACCCCUGCACACUCAUUCAGUGACCUUUCACCUCUCCAGCUGGCUUACUCUUCACUCACUCUGGAUCUCAUCGCCACACCACUCGAUCCAGAGGGGUCGGCUUGUUAAAACUCUAGAAAAUAACAACAAAAAAAUGCGGUGAAUGCACCUAAAAGAUACGUACAGGAGGUGUUAGCGACAGGGUUGUCAGGGGACUUCUGAUCAAACACACAAUUUGACAUUUUACGUUGGCUGGAAACAUUUUUUAAAAAAUUUUAUUUAAUGUUAUUUUUUAUUUUUGGCCUUAUUUUGAUUCACUUGCAAUAUUGCCUUUAACUUCACACACGAGACUGGAAACAGGCUGCUGGGAGUAGCGCUUUUUGCUGCUUCUCGUGAGUGAAUUUAAGAAGGAAGAAGAAGAGGAAGAAGAACACAGUACUGUACAUCUCUCCUGCCAACACUUUUCUUCUUCUUUCUCUCAAUGUUUAUCUCCCAUCUCGAGUUCCUCCUCCAUUCCUCAGGGGUGUCAGUUGAAAAAUGCCUCGCUCUGGUAUGUGGUGGCAACAACCCCCCCGAAUUUCUGUCCCACCUGAGCGUUCACUGUGAGUGUGCCAGUAUGUCGUUGUGGAAGUGCGUGCGUGUGUGUGUGUGUGUGUGUGUGUGUUUUCUAUGUGUUUGGUAACUGUACUUUAUGAUGUUGCACUGUUGGUGUCGUGGAGCUAAACAGGAAUGCAUGUUUUAGACGUUUAGGAAAAAUAACUACCAGGUUUGCAAAGAGGUUAACACCCAAUCACAUUUUUCUCUGUAUUUGCAUUCAAUCAGGAUAUCAAUCACUGAAUAUUUAUUGUUUAUACUGUACAUUUUCCAGAAUAUAUGAUACAAUUAACACUAUAAAUCAAAUCAGAUCCUAUUUUGUAUCUACAGGAGAGCUAUAAAGGAACCAUUUCCUCCAGAUAGAAUAUAGUUGAUGUUGUCAGGGAGCUAUUAAAUAUAUGAGAUAUUUAUGAAAGGUACAAAAUGGAAAGGUUGGAGUGGGGAAAAAGGUCCAGUAUGCCGGGAAAUGAAAAACUCCAUGUGAUUACACAUAAUUAUUUUGGCAGCAAGCAAAGUCGCGUGGGAUUUUUCAUUUUUCUGUGUCAAGUAAGGAGUAAUUUGAGUUUCAGGAACGGGGAGCUGAAUCCACAGAGAGACGACAAUGUGCAGGUUUGGUACUACGGUGCCUGGAGUGUGCCACCAGAACAUUUGCUUAAAUGAAUAAUUAAAGUGAGUCCAACCCACAGAGCAGCAGCAGGAGCUCUGAUUGGCCGCCCUUCUGCCAAAACGUAACAGCUGCUGCUAACAGAGCUCCUGCUGCUCCUCUGUGGGUUGGACUUUAUUUAAAGGUGUCCUGUGGAGUUUUCUUGUAAACGAACAAAAAGUUAUUUUUAGUGUUUGUCACCAAAGCAUAUUGUGUGAAUCCUUUAGCUCUAACAAUUGUUUUGAAUUCAUUUCCUUCUUCAUAGAACUUUUGCAAAGCCGAACUGUUUACUGUUUAUUAUUGUUUUGCUUCUUGUACGUUGGUGAAAAAGCCGUAAAACGUUGCUCAGUAGCGCUACUAGUGGUCAAAAACUCCAGAGGGAACCUUUAAUAUUUAGAUGUCAUACUGCUAACAAUUACAAAGAAGCAUCCUUAAAUUAUAUUAAAGCAAGAAACAAAUUAAUAACUAGAUUGAAUAUGAUAGGAAGACAUUAAAGUUACUGUAAUUCCACUACUUUUGGUGGAAACUAGUAAUGUAAUGAAAUUUAAAUGUACCUGAAAAUAGUGAACAACUGCAGACAGUUGAUUUACUUGUUUAUGUCUAACAUCACCGACCUUACGGUAAUCCUCCUGUCUACUACAAUAAGUGUAGUUUACAAGCAGUAUGUUACUCGUCGCUGCCCUCUGGUGGUCGGGAGUAUUAAUAGCUAGAUACAUUUGUGACAGCAACACUAAAAUAAUAUAAUAGACAGCUGUGUGCGUUAAUGAGAGACUUGAAUCAUUUAAAAGUAACACAAAACGUUACUUUACCUAGUAAAUAAUACAUUUUAUAGGCAGUAAUUGGUAAAGUAAUUCAAUUACAUUUAAGAGAAGUUGCUGUAACUAAUUAGUGUUUUUCAGUAACUUUCCCAACACUGCUUGGGAGCAAAUAAAACAAGGUGUAAACACUGACAUAUUGUCGCCUUUUAGCUGUUUUGGUCUCUAACACCUCUUGAGUGAAACAGCUGUCUCUUUAGUUGCUUCAUUAGCUCGAUGCUAACUUUUGUCUGUGUGCUCAGCAGGUUUUCAGAGCCUUUUGUCUAUAAACAGCUGCCUGCUGUGCCAUAAAACAACAGUGUGAAAACGGUGCAAAACAACCAGCUGAAAGGUGCUAUAAAAAUAUCAAUUAUAGCUGCUUUUAAAUGCUAAUUAAUCAUAUUUUUUGUAGUUAUCAGAUUAUUUUAAUAUCCUAAUUAAAAGUAGAGCUCCAUAAUGACUCCGAUGGCACACUCCAGGCUCCACAUGGGUCGACCUGUUACAAACACCUUGAGAAGAGCCGUCACUGAAGUGCUAGCUCAGCUGAGCGAGAGCAUGCAGGCACAAGAGUUUGUCCUCCUGCCCUGAGGUAUAACAACAUCAUAUCAUAUCAUAUAUAACAAAGAACUGGAGACAUUCACACUCACAGAAAAACAGGUGCUAUUUUUGUCAAAAACAAAAACAAACUGCAGCCCCAGUGGCAAAACAAGCACACCUCUUUUUCUGCCAGUGCCGCUUCAGUUCCAGCCACCUCCCCGUCGCGGUUUAUAGGAACCCUGUCUGAUGAUGCUGAUAUUUUUUGGUCUAUAUCGGUGAACCAGAAGCAAGUGCAAAGAUAUGUGUAUAUGUGUUUAUUUUGAUGAGAGUAUUUAUACAGAUAUAUUUCUGAGUACUUUUUACUAGGUCUGAAGAGUUGUGAUUGUUUCCACUACAUAUAAAUCUCAUCAGAGGAUUUAAAAAAGCAAAAGAAAAAAAAAAAAAAGCAUUCAAAUAUGGGACCAGAAUUUCCCUGCUGUCGCAUCGAAACCUUUUCAGGAAUUAGAGGUUUUAGUUUAAAAGAGGAAAAACUUGAAAAUCAAUAAAACUGGAGUAACAAGGUUUGCAUUCGACAGCAGCAGUUUGUUAUUUGCCUUGGUGGUGGGUUUCGUUGUGACCUAUCCAGAUUAGUAAAACUUUCCUUUCAGUCCUGAACAUCCACUACACAUGGCCUCAAAGCCACUGUGCUGCUCUGCCAUCUUUCUCUCUUUCUUUUAAAUAUCAUUCACAGGACUUGUGUAAAUACUGGAGCGUCUGUACAUACACGUUCUGUAUAUACUGACAGGGGAAGAAAUUUAAAUAUAUAUAAAUAGAUAUAUAUAAAUAGAUAUAUACAAAAUACUGUAUUGAAAAAUAUAAAAUACCAGUGAACAUUAUAACAUUAUACUGUACAUAUAAUAUUAUAAUGUUGCUGGUUCUAGCACAAUAAUGCCACAUUCACAAAAAAUAACAUCAAGUAGAGCUCGCACAGUAAAACCUUUAUAUGGUACAGUAGCUCUCGUGGCGCUGUCGUAGGCUCAAGGUUAAAUCUAGUUUGUAGAUUUUCUAAAUAAAAACAGCUGAUUGUGCUUAUGUUGCAGAAGAUUUAACCUCUUGAACCCUGAUUUUACCUUUUAAGUGUUUAAUAAUUCUGCGUUUUUAAUCCGUAUUUGCUUGUUCCAACACGAGAAUUCCACAUAUUGUGCAUCAUUUUAUACAUUUUCCCACAGUUCAACCUGCAGAUUUGAUACUUCUUCUAUUUUCUGUGGGUUUGCACGAUGUUUGUCCACUCAACCUGCGGCUGUAAUGGUGGAUCAAUCGUAAGAUCCAGCAGGGUUUAAGAGGUUAAAAGAGACUCUGCAAGAAAACUGCUGCAUCGCUGUCUCUUAGUUUCACUAAUCGACAGCAGAUAAUGAAUCUCCUCGGUUCCACAACACGACUGGAAACAAGCAUCUGUACAGUCCCCCAUAAUAAAUAUAAGAUAGAUAUUAAAGUUUUAAACGUUUUAAUUUUAAAAUUAGAACAUACAAACGUGUUUUUACAAGCAGAAAAACUACAGAAUCAAAACAGUUUAAAA